AUGGAAGGGCAAGAAGUUUUGGCAUCAUUAGGUGCGAGUACAGUAAUUACUGAAGAAGAAGAAGAAAAGCCAGAAACUGUUUCGCCCAAGUUCGAAGCAUAUGAUGAAGAGGAUUGUGGUUAUAUGGUUAGAAUACUUGAAAAUGAAGCCUUUUCGAUGGUUGUUUCCGCUUUUCGUGCACAAGGAAUGCUGAGUGAUUAUAAAAAAAUUUUGCUCGAACAUUUGAAAGCAGCUUUAUUUAUAUCUGACGAAAGAUAUCUGGCAGAAAUUCGUCAAGCUGCCAAUGAUCAAACAUUAUCACAUAUCGCACAAACGCUUAGUCCAUCAUACGACACAUAUGCACAAUGGGGAUUAGAAGGUUUAAGUGCAGUACCGUAUGUGGAGGAUAUUGCUCCCCAGGAUGAUAGUGAAGAAAGGGAUAGGUUGAUGGCUGCCAAUGAAUUAUUACAGCUUGCACAAGCACACAAUGCAUCAUUAUCAAAUGAGAAUGCUGCAUUACAAGAAUUGAUUGCACUGCCAAAAGCGCCAUAUGUGCCAGAGCGACUACGUUUAUUGUUGCGUGAGACUGAAGACGAUCAUGAGAGUCGAAUUGGUACGCUGCGUCCGAGUGAAGAAAGUAAUGCGCGAGCUUCUCGUAUGGCCUGCAGUUCUACUGAAACAAAAAUCGUGCAGCCCAGUGCUUCGGGACAGUCCAUUUCUGUAUCAAGGAAUGCAGAGGAAGUAUCUGAAGAAAGAAAUCGAAAUGCGCAACAUCAGGCGAUGGCAUCAACUAGCACAAGUUCUUCAGGAGUGCCAAGUAGUCCAUCUAAACCGGUCUUAGUUAAUAAAGGUGCUGUUUUGCUGAAAUCUACACAUAAUGAAGAAUUAGACUCCAAUCAUUCCGGAGAUCAUAUGCGACCUAAAAAGCGGCGUCUGCGACAGCGUGAUUUGUCUGCUUCAUGUGCACGAGUAUUGCCAUUCAGAUUCCAAGCACCAGCCCCAGGACAAAAAAAUAAACCUAUUCGAGGAAAUCCUGAUCGGUCACCUGGACAAACCUCUCCACUGUGUAUUUCAAAUUUGGCUUCCACGUCAUCAUUGACAACCUCCUCGUCAGUUAUCAGUUCACAUCCUCAGCUGACCUCACCAUCAGGAACUUUUCGUACUGUACUGACGAAUCCAACUGCAGUAAUCAAUUCUGGUAGAUUGCAUCAAGUCUCGCAUAUGAAUACCUCAGGUAUGGUUAUAAAACGUGCACGUGCAGUAUCAUCUGGAGGAAAUGAAUCAGUUUUGGAAGGAACUUUAUCUCGACAAGUAUCAAAUACACCAAGUGUAUAUCGGGUUCAGCAGCCAGUUCAGAGAGCAUUUAUAAGAUCUUCUAGUGGACAGCGAUUUUAUGCAACACCAAUAGCAUCGGCCUAUAGUAGUCCAACUCGACCAUAUUAUGGUAAUCCGAAUGCGGUUGCUGGAUUCAUGCGUCCAGGAUCAAGUUGUUCGCCUCGUUCCUCGUAUACAAUUUCAUCUGCACCUAGCACAUCAUCUACAUGUUAUUCACAGCCGCAAACAAUAACUUCUAGUGAGAUUCAGCGUUUGGUUGCCCAUGCUGCAGCAUCUGGUCAACCUCAUCAAUAUCGCACUUAUAAAAAACCGCCACCAAGACCAGUUGUUGUAACUAGUUCAGCUCGCCUUUCGGUAACGAGCCAGCGUCAAGGAGCUUCGUCCUCUCUUAUACCAUCUAUAAGUGUUGCUGAAAUGACAGGUGCGAAUUAUAGCAGCCAGCAACAGCAGCAACUAGCCGUUCACCAACCAUUGCGAUUACCAAGUCGAACUUUACCAUCAGUGGCAAUAACAUCAGCACAACGUCCAUCUUCCAUUCUCGCGUCGACAAUGAAAGAUAAUACACCUGCCAAAUCUGACACGCAGGUUCAGUCCACUGGUAGUAGUACUAUUGAAAUGGAACACUCUGAUCCACACAGCCUCUCUACUGAUAGCUCUGCAGCUCGAGAUAGCAGUGAAGUAGUAGAACAGGAGCGUGGCUCGGAUAUGGAUAGAUCAUUGUUCGAACUAAGUUCUGCAGAAUGUUCAUCCCACGCUAUACAUUUGGACUGUGAUGAAUUGAUUCCUAGGCCACACUGUUUGCAUUCUAAUUGUGGAAGCAUUUCUAACGAAGGGAUCCCUGUCCUAGUCAGUCAUCAUGAAGAAAAUCGGAUUAUAAAUAGGGACGCUCGUAUUAUAUCUGGACAGUUUACGAAUGGUCUAAUUCGUCAGGAAAAUCAGAAUGUCAUUAGCUAUGUCAGUACACCGCAGUGUAUCCAGUAA